AUGAUUAAAGAUUAUGCUGUAAAAUAUUUUAUUUUUAAACAAUUUAUUAAAAAUGUAAGAAAAGAUCUUAAUGAACAAAGUGCAAGUAUCUUUGCGAUUUUAAAUGAAAAGUUUUUAAUAAAAGAAGAAGUUUUUUAUAAAAAUAGUGAAGGAAUAUUACUAAGUAGAUUUGAUGAUAAGUGUGACAUACUACUAAAAAAUCCUUUUAAGAAAAUAAAUUGUCAACUACAAGAAGUUACAAGAAAGAACAAACUCAACAAGGAGGAUAUUUUUGAAACUUUGCAUUUUUUAACUUAUGACACACCUUUAGGCAUCAGACUUUUAAAAAAAAAUAUUUAUAAGUACGUGUCUGACAGAUCCAGCAUAAAAGAUUAUGUAGAUUAUUUAAAAUACAACAAAAAUAAUGUAAAUAUUUCUAUGCAUAAUUUAAAGAAAGAAGAAAAUGAUUGUAAUGAAGAAUUGGAUAGUUAUAGUUUGUUAAAUGCUACAAAUGAUUUACAAAGUGAAAAACAGUUAACUAUAAAUAAUACUGAACAAGAUGUAUUAGAUUGUGAUGUUAAUUUGAAUAUUCCUAGUUCAGAAGUAUUUACAAUCCCUGAUUUUGAUUUUAUUUAUCUUAAAAAGUUAAUUAGGAUUUAUUCAUUUAUAUUUAAUUUCUGUUCUAACAAACUGCCACCCAAUACAACGAUAAAUAAGUUAGUUAAAUCUUUUAAAGAAUAUGCUUAUGUGUCUGAUAUUAUCGGUGGAAUUCAUGGAUUCCUUAUAGAAAAUUUAUUAGAGGAAAAGCAGUCUAUUGGACUUGAAAAUUUUCUUAAAAAUAUUAAGUCUGUGACAAAUUCAUUAAUUGAUGAACACAACAGUAAAGAAAUAAUUACUGGUAAUGAAGUGGGUAUGAAAAACUGGAAACUUAAAUCUAGAACAUUUCUUCUAGAAAUAUACAAAUUUACUAAAAAUCAAUAUAUCCUAAGUUUUUACAACGCUUUAAAUAAGAAAAGCCCUUUUGACUCUGAGGAUACAAUUAGCUUAAGGAUUUCAUUAGUAGAAUUUUUUAUUAAUUGUUACAUGGCAACAAAUAUUUUCAGACAAGUGAUAUUAAAUGAGGCGAAAAAAGUUAAGUGUUUAGAAAAUAAAAUUGUUGAGUUAGAAAAGGGAUAUAAUUUGCAAGAGGAAAGAUGUGCUGAUGAAGUACAAAGUAGGAUUUUUGGUCUAAAAAAAAAAAUAAUUUUGUCUCCUACUAAAGCCGAUAUUGGACAGAUUGGCAUUUAUAAGAUCUUUUUAGUUAACGAUGAAAUUUUUAUAUCCACUGAUAAUACAUUUUAUGUUCCAGGUAAAAAUACUUUAGAGGACAUAAUUAAUAGCACAUGUGUUAUCGAAAAUAAUACGAUUAAUAAUUUAAAAGAUGUUAUAAAAUACUUGUACUAA